UAUAAAUAUAUUUAUGCAUCUUCUUCAUAUUUACUAAUUAAUGAUUAAGACAUGAGCCACUAACUAGAUUCCCAUAAUAUCCAAUAUAACUUAUGGGCCAUCAUGCAUAAUUCAAUUAUUGUAAAUCAGUUGAAUAGAGUUUUGUCAAACAGUUUUAGAAUUAAUGGCAGCUGAACAAGUUCUUGAACUUUAUGAUUCUUAUUGGUUUCAUCUUGAUAUCUUCACCAGCAAGCAUACUAUCCCAGCAACCAUUUUAGCUGGCAGCCAGAACCAAGUUGAAGAAGAAUCAUGUCUCUGUCCACAGGUUGAAGCUCGAUCGCAAAGUCUAUAUUGUCUUUGCUCUGGUACGAGUUUUAGUCCGAAUUCUCCAUCUCUGGACUGUGGUUUCUUUGUACCAAAACUCGAAACUGUAGUCUCUGGCAAAGAAGGCAGAGAUGAUGAAGUUGAGGUACCUGUGAGGAGGAGGAAGGUAGAAAAGAAGCAGAGGAGGAGAAAUAAGAAAGGUAGUAGGAGCUUAACAGACCUCGAGUUUGAGGAGCUAAAAGGGUUUAUGGACUUGGGAUUUGUGUUUAGCGAAGAAGAUAAGGAUUCGAGAUUGGUUUCAAUUGUUCCUGGACUACAAAGAUAUGGAAGAAGAGGUGAUGAAGAAACCGGUAAUGGUCAAGACCAUGAAUACAAAGUUUCAAGACCUUAUCUUUCUGAAGCAUGGGGUGUUGUGGAUCAAACAAAGGUCAGAAAUCCAUUGAUAGAUUGGAGACUUCGAAUUCCUAGCGGAGAGUCUGACAUGAAGGAUCUUCUUAAAGUUUGGGCUCAAAGUGUUGCAUCUGCGGUCAAUUGAUUCACCAUGUUGAACUUUUUUUUUUUUCUUUUUUGAGGAGUUUAUGUGUUGUAGUACCAGAUCCUAAACCCCAAGACUUACCCUGCUCAAUGAGCAGAAUAUCACAGGGUAAUGUUUGGUAUGGUGAUUGUAAAGAGUAGCUUUUACAACAUAUGGGAUCAUUGAAACCCAACUAUGUUAGACCUUCUAUUUGAUUUUAUUGUGAAAUUCUUGAGGCUGAAAAUAUAUGAUGUUCUGGGCUUA